CGCACCGGGAGAAACGGCUGACCCACUCUCACCUCCGCACCUCUGACUCAACUAACUUUUCAGCACUUAAAGAUAGAUAACCGGACCGGCACACUGCUGACAUCCACAGGAAUAUUUUACUGAAGAGAGAAGACACAGAGCUCGUCAUAUUCUGCUGUUUUCUUUCUUUCUUUCUUUUUAAUUUGUUGUUGGGGGGACCCGAGAGUUAACAUCGCGAUGUCUUGCGGUGAUGCGUCGGAUCAGAGUCGGCGGUUCUGCGUGUUGUCUUGGGAUCAGGUGCAGCGCUUGGACUCGAUCCUGGGGGAGGCUGUCCCCAUCCACGGUCGAGGAAACUUCCCCACUCUGUCCGUGCAACCCCGCGAGAUUGUCCAGGUGGUGCGGGCGAGGUUGGAGGAGAGGGGGGUGUGUGUUAAGGACGUGAGGCUGAACGGCUCGGCUGCCAGCCACGUGCUCCAUCAGGACACCGGACUGGGCUAUAAGGAUCUGGACCUGAUCUUUGGCGUGUCUUUGAAAGACGACCAGGCCUUCCGUCUGGUGAAGGACGUCGUGCUGGACUGCCUGUUUGACUUCUUGCCAGCCGGGGUCUCUAAGGAACGCAUCACAGCACUGACCCUCAAAGAGGCCUAUGUACAGAAACUGGUGAAAGUCUGUAAUGACACGGACCGCUGGAGCCUCAUCUCGCUGUCUAACAACACAGGCAAGAAUGUGGAGCUAAAAUUUGUGGACUCUUUACGGCGGCAGUUUGAAUUCAGCGUGGACUCCUUCCAGAUUUGCCUUGAUUCUCUGCUCUUGUUUGACCGCUGCUCCGAGACGCCCAUGUCUGAGAGUUUUCACCCCACUGUGAUCGGGGAGAGUGUGUAUGGGGACUUCAAGGAGGCCAUGGACCACCUGUGCCAGAGGACCAUAGCUACACGCAACCCGGAAGAAAUCAGAGGGGGCGGCUUAUUGAAGUACUGCCACCUACUGGUGAGAGGGUUCAGGCCCUCUUCAGAGGCGGACAUGAAGCAGAUGCAGCGCUACAUGUGCUCACGCUUCUUCAUUGACUUCUCUGACAUAGGUGAACAGCAGAGGAAACUGGAGGCCUACCUGCAAAACCACUUUGCUGGGAUGGAGCACAAACGGUACGAGUGCCUGAUGACGUUGCACGAAGUAGUUAAUGAGAGCACUGUGUGUCUGAUGGGCCACGAGCGGCGCCAGACGCUCAGCCUCAUCUCAAUGCUGGCACUGAGGGUAUUGGCUGAGCAGAACGCCAUCCCCACUGUAACAAAUGUCACAUGUUACUACCAGCCGGCUCCAUACGUCCAGGACAUCAACUUCAGUAAUUACUAUAUUGCACAUGUGCAGCCGCCGCACGUUUCGCCUUGCAGUAACUCAUAUCAAACGUGGCUGCCCUGUAGCUGAACUGGCUGUGAGAAGGGCAGACCUGCCUGGACAUGUCUCCGUCACUCUUUAUCUUUCAAAGGAAGUGGACUGAAAAUACAAAAAAAGAAACUAAUGUUUGCCAAAUAUGACUUGACUUAAACAAUCCUGUACUGCUGUACAUCUGAUUGAGCCGACACAAUGAUUUUUCUUACUUGUUUUGUCUUGCAAAACAUCUGUAAGAUUGCUGGUCAUUUCUGAGAUGUAGCGAUAAUAUCAUCUUUAAGUAUUAAAAAAAAGUCUUUAUGAAGCUUUAUACAUGUCAAAAAUACAUUUUUUGAGGAGACAAACAUUGAAGCUGGUGUUAUUUUCAUACUCUGGCUUUUAAUUUUUUGAAUUACAUACCGGACCAAAGAUAUUUUUGUUGUUCAGAAAGGGAAUGUUGUUUUGAUUCCAAGUGCCUAAAAUGAACCAUGAAAUGUUCUAAAAACAUCUGUAAAAUGAGAACUGUGCAUUUACUGUUUUCUAGAUAACUCCAUCUCUUUUCAGGAACAGAAGCAUUCAUUUUUGUGAGAUUAAAAAAAGGAAAAACAAA